UGCAUUCAGUUUGCUGCACUGCUAUACAACAGUCCUGUCUCCAUUUUCCACGCGUGCCUUACUCAAACAACUUGAUGGAAAUGCACCUAAUUCUCAUUUGUUUAUUUUCCGUUUUUGCGAUUUUUUUAAAAAAAGAUUGACUUCACGUUAGGAUGAAAACCCAGUUCAUGAAAGACACCUACAACAACAUGAAGACGAUCCCUUUACUCUUUAUCAUCUCUUUAUUCAUUAACGGCUGGGACAAACCAAUACUUCCAAUCUUGAGGGGGGAUAAGAGCGGCCCCUCCCAACUUAGACUGAUCCUCGUUUUCCUGACAUCCGAUUGGCUCAAAGGUGUUGUUACAGAUGAUGUGAAGUCAGUGUCAGUGAUUGAGAGAGAUUCUGUUACUCUACACACUAAUCUUACUGAGAUACCCAGAGAUCAUCUGAUGGAGUGGAGGUUUGGUGAUCAACAGUAUCUCAUAGCUAGAGUCAACAUGAAGGCCAAUUCACUCAGAAUACAUGAUGAUGUUCUUGAUGGGAGAUUUAGAAACAGACUGAAGAUGAACACUGAGACUGGAGAUCUCAUCAUCACAAACAUCACAACUCAUCACACUGGAGAUUAUCAACUAGAGAUCAGAAGAGAGAAGAUUAAAAAGACAUUCAUCAUUAAUGUGUUUGGUAAUGAAGUGAAGACAGUGAAGAAGGGAGAUUCUUUUAUUUUAGUCAAAAAUGUUAUCAAGAAACCAGGAUAUGAGAAGAUUGUUUGGAAGAUUCCACACAACAACUCUCCUGUUGCUGAAUUAAGAAGAAAUGACAAGGAGGCAAAUAAUAAUAUCCAUGAGAGAUUCAGAGACAGACUUCAGGUGAAUGAUCAGACUGGAGAUCUCAUCAUCAGAAACAUCAGACCUGAUGACUCUGGAUCUUAUGAAGUAGAUAUCACUGUCGGCAGUCACACACAUACUAUACACAGAUCAUUCAAUCUCAAUGUCAAAGAUGAGGAUCUGUCUUCUGGUUUGUCUUCAGGUGUUAUAGCUGGAGUCUGUGUGUUUGUUCUGGUUCUUGCUGCCGCUGUCAUUCUUCACAAACUUCAAUUUAGCACUACUGGAAAUGGGGGGAAAGACACUGACCCGAAACCAGGAAUAGAGAGCAAAGGUUCCCCCUCUACAGUCAGAGGCCAGGCUACUGCAGCCAGAGACCCCGCCACUACGGUUAACGACCCCACCACUACAGUCAACAUUCCCGCAACUGUGGCCAAAGACCCCACCACUACCGUCAGCCAUCCUGCCACUACGGUCAGAGACCACGCUACUGCAGCCAGAGACCCUGCCACUACAGUCAACGACCCCACCACAACAGUCAACAUUCCCGCAACUGUGGCCAAAGACCCCACCACUACCGUCAGCCAUCCUGCCACUAUGGUCAGAGACCACGCUACUGCAGCCAGAGAUCCCGCCACUACGGUCAAUGACCCCCCCACAACAGUCAACAUUCCCGCAACUGUGGCCAAAGACCCCACCACUACCAUCAGCCAUCCUGCCACUACGGUCAGAGACCACGCUACUGCAUCCAGAGACCCCGCCACUACGGUCAAUGACCCCCCCACAACAGUCAACAUUCCCGCAACUGUGGCCAAAGACCCCACCACUACCAUCAGCCAUCCUGCCACUACGGUCAGAGACCACGCUACUGCAUCCAGAGACCCCGCCACUACGGUCAAUGACCCCCCCACAACAGUCAACAUUCCCGCAACUGUGGCCAAAGACCCCACCACUACCAUCAGCCAUCCUGCCACUACGGUCAGAGGCCACGCUACUGCAGCCAGAGACCCCGCCACUACGGUCAAUGACCCCCCCACAACAGUCAACAUUCCCGCAACUGUGGCCAAAGACCCCAUCACUACCAUCAGCCAUCCUGCCACUACGGUCAGAGACCACGCUACUGCAGCCAGAGACCCCGCCACUACGGUCAAUGACCCCCCCACAACAGUCAACAUUCCCGCAACUGUGGCCAAAGACCCCACCACUACCAUCAGCCAUCCUGCCACUACGGUCAGAGACCACGCUACUGCAUCCAGAGACCCCGCCACUACGGUCAAUGACCCCCCCACAACAGUCAACAUUCCCGCAACUGUGGCCAAAGACCCCACCACUACCAUCAGCCAUCCUGCCACUACGGUCAGAGACCACGCUACUGCAGCCAGAGACCCCGCCACUACGGUCAAUGACCCCCCCACAACAGUCAACAUUCCCGCAACUGUGGCCAAAGACCCCAUCACUACCAUCAGCCAUCCUGCCACUACGGUCAGAGACCACGCUACUGCAGCCAGAGACCCCGCCACUGGAUGACUGGGUGGAGACUGAAACCUAUAUGGGGCUGCACGGCUGGCGACACGGAGGAGGGUUCUUGCUACACGUUGUUUGUUUACUUGUUUCGGCGUCUUUUAUGUCAUUUUCUUAUAAUUUGCAC